AUGCCCACAGGUUCGGACUACGAGUACACCAAGUUCAACAAGCCUAGCGACUGGGAUGAGUGGAGUGAAGCCUAUGAGGAGAAAGCUAAGCACGCUGGGAUCCUUGACUACGUCCAUCCAAAUCGCAAACUGAGAAAGCCCUGGCCAACCGAGCCAGUCAUACCUCAAUUCGACGACUUUCAGAAGAAGCAGCCCCGCCGUACGGCUCGAAGCUCCAACAACAACGACGAUUCACCGAAAACGGGCGGAGCUGGUACCGAAGACGUCAAUCGAAACGCCGCUCGAAGGCGUGCCGCUGCUGCCAGAACCGGUACAUCCGGAAGAUCCCAAACUGCCGGAAGAUCACAAAUCGAAACUAGCAAUGCAGAUGAUGACCAAACACCAUCCACAAGCGAUCACGAAGAAGAGGAGGAUUCAGCAACCGACACGCCCAAGACCACUCAGUUCUCACAUCUCACUGCUAUCGGUCAGACGGAUUGGAAGGCAGCUUUCGAAAUCUACAAGGAAACCAAGGACACCUACUACGCCAAGACUGCUGCUAGAUCCAAAUUCCACGAUUGGAUCCUCAAGAGCAUUGGUCCGAACUAUCGUCACGUCAUGAAGGGCAAGGAUAUACCAGAAAUCAAGAACUUCGAACGCAAGCUAGGAGAUUGGGCCAUUCGUUGGCAAAACCUGGUCAGCGAAGGGAUCGAGCAGAAGAUACCACAGAUAGCAACGCCUAGCUCGUGGUACGACGACCUCACGGACGCCUUGAAGGAGAUCAGAGAUGGAAAGACCUGGGCCCUAGGAGAGCUAGCAACCCUGAAAGAAGACAUCCUCGAGGAAAGCCUCUGA